UACCGGAAGUUUAUGAGCUCAAGGUACUUUGCUGUGUUUAUGCGUCAACUUUCAUUUAUGAAUAGUUAGCGGAUUAACUCCUGAAAUAAAACAGUCGCACACAUGUAAAUAUGGGACGACCUCUGAUAUCACUAGUAUUUUAUUGGAAACAACGAAACUUAACUUGAAACAACGCCCGAAACGGACAUCUUUAAACACUGAAAAUUGCCAAGAGUCAUCCAGAGACCAUUGUGGACACAUCUGAAACUGUCAGGGGGCUACGUAAAGCAAGAAUCUUAACCAACAGCAACAAAAGCAAGACCAAAUACUUCCAGAUAUGUCGUCCUCAAGUAAUCCACUGUCUACUGAUGAAGACAGCAGAUGAUCCAGGACAGAAUCAAGAAGAUUCAAGAAGUCAAACACUCAGCAGGAGUCAGAAAAAGCUGAAGUGGAUGCGGCAGUAUGCAGUGGACGUGACUCUGGAUCCUGAUACAGCUAAUCCAUACCUCAUCCUGUCUGAAGAUGGAAAACAAGUGACACAUGGAGACAUCAGACAGAAACUCCCAGACAAACCACAGAGAUUUGAUAGAUAUGUAGAUGUCCUGGGAAAGGAGAGAUUCUCCUCAGGGAGAUUUUAUUUUGAGAUGCAGGUGAAGGGAAAGACUGACUGGGAUUUAGGAGUGGCCAGAGAAUCUGUAGACAGGAAGGGAGAAAACACACAGACUGCAAGUGAUGGAUUCUGGACUCUGUGGUUGAGGAAUGGAAAUGAAUAUAGUGCCUGUGCUGAUUCUCUGAAUAGAGCCUGUGCUAGUUCUUCUGUCUCUUUGUCUCUGAAAGUGAAGCCGCAGCAGGUCGGUGUGUUUGUGGAUUAUGAGGAGGGUUUGGUCUCCUUUUAUGAUGUGGAGUCCAGCUCUCAUAUCUACUCUUUCACUGGUCAGACUUUCACUGAAAACUCUAUCCAUGUUUUAGCCCAGAAAAUAAUGAUGACGGUGAAAACUCAACUCCUCUAAUCAUCACACCUGUAAGUUAGAAUAAAUUAUUGUACUCCCUCCUUUUCAGUAUGAAAUACACAAAAAAUUAAAUAUUUUGAAUACUAUUACGUCUUAGUAUGUAGUUAUUGAUUAGCUAAGUCACACCGAAGUGAAAGCCAACAGAGGGUUCCAAUUGGUCUUAAAGCCUUCUUCGAUGGGUUAUGUUCACUAUUUAUGAUGGCAUAGAAGUCAAAAUAGGACAAAUGAGCUCGUGUAUGGGACAAAUUCUGGACUUUUGUCAGUGAGAGGUCGGUCUUUUUGAACCACCUGAACCCUCCCUGGCUAUGGGCCUGAUUAUGUUGCCUUGUUUAACUUCACCUUUAUUGAAUGGUUACAUUAGCAUCUAAACUCAUAUUUUCAACCUGAAUAAAUGGGGGAAACUAUGCCAUCACAGCAGUUCAGUGAGAAAUUUAGUUUCUUAUGACCUAUGAAUAAUUAUGCAGCCAAAAAUAAUAACAAUUACAAAAUGUAUAUAUUUAUUCUUAAUCAAAUAGAGUUUUCUUUAUCUAAGCCCUGAUACAGAUAAGUGCAAAUGCUUUGUUCUAUACCCAUAGCUGAGGAUUGAGUAUAUUAAAGAGAAAAAAUGAAAAUUCUGUGAUUUUAUUUUUAUUUUAUCAUUUUUUUAGGCUUCCACUUGUUCCAAACCUGUUUAAUGUAUCUAUUUUUGUUUUGUUGACCACUAAAGAUGUUUUGAAGAAUGCUG